AUGGCAAAUUGUGACUCGCCAUCGGAAAACACAUCGUAAUAACUUUCUGGAAAGCCACCUUCACAUCUCCUGUUUGUCCCCUCAGGUUUUUCUUUAAGAUGUUUAGGCUACUGACGAGUAAGGUUAGUAUGUUGUAAAGUUUGACUUUUGGCUAAGGGCAAGAAAUGCGUCACUGUCUAUAAGGCCACGCCUGCAUGAGCAAGGAACUAAAUUCACCAUUGUGGUACCAGCAGCAGCAGCUACAGCCAUAGUGAUUCUUCACAUUUAACGUAACAGCUAUUUGGAAAGCUGAUUGACCUCAGCCAGACUUGCCAGGUCCCAUCAUGGGUGUCACCUACUUCCUACUUCUGAGCUGUAUUGGCCUUGCCAUUACUGUUCAAGCUCAAGACUGUUCCAAACCCCUGGCAGGACCCAACAUGGAUUUGAAGGGCAGUGAUAGCCUUUUACAAACAUUCCCAGAUGGGACCCAAGUUUCUUUUGCCUGUGAUCCUGGUUACAUGUCUGCAGGAGGGUCUGCAGUCAUCACUUGUAAUGCUGGCACUUGGACUCCCGUGAGGCUUAAAUGCGAGAAGAGAAACUGUGGUUCCGCUGGAGAAGUGAAUAAUGGACACAUUGAUUACCCUACAGGGACUGAUUUUGGCGAUUACGCAGUGAUCACUUGCAACGAAGGUCACAGAUUGGUUGGCAAAAGUAAAAUCCUUUGUGGUGUCCAAGGGUGGGACGCAAGGUUGCCUGAAUGUGAAGUGGUGACUUGUGAUCCACCACCUACGGUCGAACAAGGCACUUUCAGUCCAGUCGAAGACGUCUAUGAAUAUAGAGAAACUGUAAAGUACAGUUGUCAAAGUGAUUAUACACUCAAUGGAUCUAUAACAAUAUCAUGUUCAGAUGAUGGGACAUUUGUACCUGAUCCUCCAAAAUGUGUCAAGGUUCAAUGUGAUGAUCCUGUCAUUAAAAAUGCCAACUGGGUUGAAGGUUCUCGACCCCCUUAUGGAUACAAGGCUACGGUGAAAUACCAGUGCAACCCCGGAUAUGUUAUGACAGGACAGAGUACCGUGACAUGUGAUAUUAAUAGUCAGUGGUCACCUCGACUUCCAUAUUGUAAUAAAACGAUAAACUGCGGUUCUGCUCUAAAAGUGGAAAAUGGACGUGUUGAGUACCCUAAAGGGACUGACUAUGGUAGUGAAGCUGUGAUCAGCUGCAACACUGGUUACAGAUUGGUUGGCAACAGUAAAAUCCUUUGUGGUGUCCAAGGGUGGGACGCAAGGUUGCCUGAAUGUGAAGUGGUGACUUGUGAUCUACCACCUAUGGUUGAACAAGGCACUUUCAGUCCAAAGAAAGAGACUUAUAAAUUUAAUGAUGUUGUACAGUACAGUUGUCAAAACAAUUAUACACUCGAUGGAUCAAAGUCAUUAUCAUGUUCAGAGGAUGGGACAUUUGUGCCUGCUCCUCCUAAAUGUAUCAAGGGUCAUUGUGGUGAACCUGUCAUUAAAAAUGCCAAAUGGGUUGACGGUUCUCGACCCCCUUAUGGAUACAAGGCUACGGUGACCUACCAGUGCAUAUCUGGAUACGUUAUGACAGGACCAAGUACCCUGACUUGUGAAAUGAAUAGUCAGUGGUCACCUGGACUUCCAGAAUGCAAUAACUCCAAUGUCUUGGGUAUCACACUGGGUGUUCUUGGGGUCAUUGUGAUUAUCAUCACUGCCUGUGGAUGCUAUCACUGUGGAUUCCUGGCAUUCAUCAAGAAAAAGCAACGCUCUCGGAGAGACUAUCCUGGCGAGGGGGAUGCAAAAGAAGGAGAGGCAGUAGCACUCUCGUAAGCGGUGUAGUCCUGUUACUCCAACAUUGCUGGAUGUAAAGAGGAUUGGUUAAGAAGAGGAAAAUCACUGGACUAGUAUUUGAAUGUACUUGUGCUGUGCAUGUGGAUGGCAGUGGCUUAUGAAACCCCCUAUAAAUUAGUUUCUGAACGCCACUCAGAAAAAUCUCAGUGAACUUAGCUCAAUCCUUAGCUUGUGUGUUAAGUAGUUCCCCUGAUUUGUUGACAUUUUCCAUCUUUCAUAAGCCACUCAACCACUUUUCAGUUCUGUAAUUAUGAAGGAAUGAGAUUUAAUGUUUAUCAGAGAGGCUUAAACUUCACAUUGAUUUUCAACUUGCACUAUAUAGCACAGAGCAUGGCUCUGCUUGGCCAAAAUACCACAGUUAUACCGAUGUCUUACAAUAAACAAAAUCAUUAAAAAUGUUUGCGUAGUUAACUUUAAAUAUUGCUGGCUCCUAGCCGAUAAACCAGUCCUCCCGUCUUGUAGAUUAAACUUCGACCAUUACAGAGAACACAAUGGGAUCUGUUGAACAGUGCCUGCAAAUAAAACAUGUUCCAUAUGCCUUAAAACAGAAAGCCAAGUGUUUUAGAUUGUUUUGUGUUUGCCUGUCAAUUGUAUAAAUGUGAACCUACUUGUUAGUUAAUAGAGGCUUAAUUGCUGGCCUAACUUAGCUUAUAAGUUUAUGCUCAAUAAUUGGCCAUGUUUAAUGUUGGCACGUUGUUUUGUUUUUUUUUGUGCCCUGUAGAUUCACCAAAUUAAGUUAAUCAGUUUUCCAUGACAAAGAAGGUUGUUUUUUUUGUUUUGUUUUUUCUUACAAAUUAUUUGUUUCCAGAUUGUAAAAAGAGGAAUACUUUUGAGUAUUAAGACACGUGUCCAUGGUAAAGAGGUGUGGUGUGUGUGUGUGUGUGUGUAUAUAUAGACUAUGAUCUCUGAAAUAUUUGCACUUGCUUGGCUUUUUAUCUUUAUUUAUUUAACUAAAAUGUGUCAGAAGAUGUUCACACACCCUUUUGUAAUCAGUGAAAUAAAACAUGAUAACAAAGACU